UUCAGCAGCUGCUCAGAGACUGCCAUGCGCGCUCCGUUCCGGUCACAAGUUAGGUGUCUGGGAACCUAUCUCGCACAGACAUUGUGGAACAGUGGCCGAUUGCACAGGAGCAGGGGAGGCAAGCUAUAGCUUGGUGGACACGUGAGGACGGUUCUGCAGAACUAUUCCAAAAUUCGGGAAAACAUCUAUAGGGCCCUAUAGGACUGGCUUCGACGGCGCAAUGAAGCAUCCUGCGUGCUCUUGGCGAAGCUCGAAGCCCACUGCGCAUUCCUCAACAUUGUUCAACAUUAUAACGGUGCAGAGAAGCCAUUCCUGAUGCAUCAUCCCGCACCUACGAAAAGGUUGCCCGUUUCGGACACCGCGGAAUAGAUAAAAGAUGCGGUCCAAGAAAAAAGGGAGUGGUUUUAGCCCUCUUGACGCAGUGUCAUCGUCAUCGUCCACAUAGCAACGCCAAACAACAUGGCCGACGUUUCCUGCAAUGUUGGCUUGCCGUCGUCGAUAAACAUGUCAACAGACGAAAUUCGAAUGGAAUUUCCAUCAUCAAAUCAAGUAGAAAACGGCAAGACCAGCGUACCAGACAUGUUUGCAGAGGUUCCGCUAUGUACACUAGAAAAUGGAUUGAAAAAGAAAACCCCUAGAAGGAUCCUGCACUUCAGUGACGGCAUCCUCGAGGAGUACAGCUCUGAAGAAGAUGAGUUGGUCGACGCUAAUUUGAACAGGAGCAUUGUUGACCCGAGAACUUUAACGUGGUUCCCAUACAUAAUUCAUCUGGCGCUUCAAGUAGGCACAAAAACGCUCGCAGUGUGCGAUUACCUUGGUGAGAACCUGGCCUACUUUUUUGGCAUCACAUCUCCAAAGUACCAGUAUGAGCUAGAAGAAUACAACAGAAUGGUACAGGAGGAGAUGGAGGAGAAAAAAAAGGUGGCUGAACAGAUGGCCGGCUGGAAAGCGAAUGAUGAUUCAGAAUUGGGACAAGUCACUGUCCAACCAUUUUCCACUCCCGUUUCCAAUUCUCCAGAAGUAGCGAGUAUGACAGCAGACACGUCUUCACUAUCAAAGUCAUCGUCGUCGGUUGCAGCUCCUGACUCUACACAGUGGGAGCGGGAGCAUCACCCUCUCCUUUCAAGUUCGAUGUUCACACCAUAGCUUUCACCCGCAUGAUGUCCUCAUUAUUGACGCACAGUGUGAGCCUAUGUCAAACAUGUAUGUUUAUAUUUUUAUUUAUUUUGCAUGUGCCGCAAAUGACCACAUCUUCCCUUUUUCUUCUUUUCUUCAGAACCCAAUCCUGCACAGACAAUGCAUGACAAAUGCAUGUAUCCUUGUGACAGUUACAGUAGAUUUCCUGCAAGAUGUUUAUAAUCUGAAGAGCAGUAGGAGGCUCCGAGAGUUGCUCAUUCGUGUUACUGCUGCAAGCUGUGAUUUGCCUUGCUAUUUCUACAGAUGGCAGUCCGUUGUACAGAUACUAUGGUUUGUUGAUAGCUGAUAUAAUAUUUAUGCUCACAUAACGUUUGUAUCGUGAAAGCUAAUGCAAACACGUAGAAAGUAGUAACUUCAAGGCUGUAUUACUCUCACGUGCUAAAGUAGUACGCCAGCUUUCCAAAGAUUUGGCGUGGCAUUUAUAGGCAGUUUUCUUCAGCCUGGACAGAGUGCUUCACCACAUGUACUUUGCAAAAAUAAAUAUGUUAAUUUCUCA